AUGGUGAGAAAUCCAGAGGACAGUCCGUUGGCUGUUAUAGAGCGUUGUCGUCGCGAGAACAGACCCGUUUUCGUGGCAGGACCGAUGGUGCGGUACUCCAAGCUGCCGUUUAGAGAGCUUGUUCGAGACUACAAAGUUGACAUAGUUUAUUCGCCCAUGAUCCUCGCACGGGAGUUUGUGCGGAACCACAACGCCAGGGCGAGUGAUUUCAGCACAAAUCACCGCGAUAGACCACUUAUAGUCCAAAUCGGAGCCAAUAACGUUACAGAUCUGUUACGGAUGAUAGAGAUGAUACACCCUUAUGUUGACGGCGUUGGGCUGAACUGCGGGUGUCCAAUCAAGGAUCAGGUGAGAGAAGGUAUUGGCGCAGCACUGAUGUCGAAGAAGGAGCUUGUUGCGGAAAUGGUACGUGCUGUGAAGGAAAAAUACGGCUCGGAGAUCGUAAUCGAGACCAAGAUCCGAGUGCACAGCGACAUCCAGGAGACUGUUGAGUUUGUGAAAUUGGUGGAGGCGGCAGGUGUUGAUUUUAUUACAGUCCAUGGCCGUACGAAGAACACGAGGUCGUCCGAGCCAUGCGACUUUGAGAAGAUUAAAACUAUCAAGGAGACCGUGUCCGUGCCCGUGAUCGCCAACGGUGACUGCAGAUCGCUCGAGGACGCGUAUCGAAUUGCAAGAGAUACGGGUUGCGACGGGGUCAUGGCGGCAAGAGGCAUUCUUAAUAACCCUGCUAUGUUUGCAGGCUACGAGAGGGCUCCGUGGGGAGCUAUUGAGAAGUUCUGGAACCUGAGCACCGCAUACGGACUGCCAUUCCGUCUAAUCCAGCAUCAUUUGGGGUGCAUGCUUGUGGGACAGAUCAGCAAGCAGCUACAGAACGAGCUAAACAGCAAGUCCAGUCUGCUGGAGCUGAUGGACUGGUUUGAUGCAAAUUUCGAGCUCAAAAGGCCUACAGAUACUGGGUUCGGAACAGUGGUUGCUGUCCAGUACCGUCAGAAUAGACAAAAGCAGGCACAUAUAUAA